AUGCCCAUCCCCAUUAUCGCCCAGGGCAUCCAGGACGGCAUUGGCUCGAUCCCAUAUGCCUGGUCCGCAAUCAAGAUAGCACCAUGGCUGCUGGUGAUUGCCGCGCUGAAGUACUACUUCGGCGGAGCACGCAACACCUCCGAGCGGCUGAUGCACUCCAAGGUGGUGAUGGUAACGGGUGGCACAUCGGGCAUUGGAGCCAACGUCGUCCGAGAACUCGCCGCCCGCGGCGCCCAAGUCAUCCUCCUUACCAAACAACCUCCAUCCGACCUCUUCCUCGUGGAGUACAUCGACGACCUUCGCCGCACAACCAAGAACCAGCUCAUCUACGCAGAGCAAGUGGACCUCUCCUCGCUGUACUCGAUCCGCACCUUCGCCACGAAAUGGAUCGAUAACACCCCGCCGCGCCGCCUUGACGCCGUAGUCCUGUGCGGCGGCGCCGCCGUACCUACCAGCGCACGCAAGAACACUGAAGACGGCCUCGACGAAGAGUGGCAGGUCAAUUACCUCGCCAACUUCCACCUGCUGAGCAUCCUCAGCCCCGCGCUGCGCGUGCAGCCCGCCCACCGCGAUGUCCGGGUCAUCUUCGCUACGUGCGCGAGCUACAUCGGGGCGACAUUCGAUCUGGAUACCGUGCAACGAGGAAAGGGUGCUCCGGCUACGUCCGCGAAAAAUACAUCCAAGCCCAAGACUGCUACCCCAUCGACCAAGGGCAUCUACGCUCUUAGCAAAUUCUCCCUCAUGACCUUCGCCCACUCCUUCCAGCGCCAUCUGAAUGCAUAUGCCCGGCCGGACGGCCUACCUCCCUGUACGCGCGUGCUCGUCGUCGACCCCGGCCUCUCGCGGACCCCCGGCACACGGCGCUGGCUGACGGGGGGUUCGCUCUGGGGUCUGCUUCUGUACCUGCUCACAUGGCCGCUAUGGUGCCUGGUGCUCAAGUCGCCGCAGCAAGGCGCGCAGAGCAUUCUGUACGCGGUGAUGGAGGAGUCGUACGCGCGCGGCGAGGGUGGGUGGCUGAUCAAAGAGUGUCGGGAGGUGGAUUGUGCGCGGCGAGAUGUGCGGGAUGAAGAGCUGGGCAAGCGGCUGUGGGAGUUUAGCGAGAAGCAGAUUGAGGCAGCGGAGAAGGAGGGCGCUGUGAGGAGGGCGUUGGAGAAGAAGGAGAAGGAGGCGGCGGAGAAGAGGCAGGUCAGGAAGGAGACGGCCUCGGGGAAGGAGAAGAGUGCGGGCUCGAGGAGGAGUCGGAAGGGGAAUAAGAAUUAG